GGCGCGGGGUCUGCUGGGAAUCCGAGGCCGAUCGGCAGCGACCGCCCUUUUUCUCUUGAUCGGGAGAGGAUCGGCAGAGAGAGAGCUUGGAAAGUCACACCGCCGGCAGAAACUGCUACAAGCAGCGGAACCCAACAAGAGGAGUAUCCAGUCAUGUCUGCAGAAGUGAUAGUGGGCUGUGGAAAUGAGUUUCCAGCCCAUUACAAGGUGAUGCUGGACAGACUGAAUGAACAGCGGCAACUGGAUCAGUUCACAGACAUCACACUGAUUGUGGAUGGUCACCAAUUCAGGGCUCAUAAGGCGGUUCUUGCUGCUUGCAGUCAGUUUUUCUAUAAAUUCUUCCAGGAUUUCAAAUUAGAGCCUUUGGUGGAGAUUGAAGGGGUCAGUAAUUUGGCCUUCCGUCAUUUGAUCGAAUUCACCUAUACAGCCAAGCUUGCAGUAAGUGGAAAUGAAGAAGUCAGUGAUGUGUGGAAAGCAGCAGAGUACUUACAGAUGCAAGAGGCAAUCAAAGCUCUCAACAGCAGGACCAAGAGCAGUUCACCUGAGGCCUCGAAGCAAAGUCCCACGGAGAAGAACAAAGCCAAAAAAAGGAAGAUAGCGGAGACCUCGAACGUGAUCACAGAGACGCUGCCCUCGGUGGAGACAGAGCCAGUGGAGAUAGAGGUGGAGAUUGCUGGUGGGACAAUAGAGGUCGUGGAGGAUGAGGGCAUUGAGGUGGUAGAGGAGGUGGCAGUACAGCCAGACAAAGAUGCCAGCUCCCAGGACACCUCGGACGAUUCUGCCCUGGUUCUGCUGGCUGACAUCACCAGCAAGUACCAGCAGGGGGAGUCAACCCUGCAUGAGAUGAAGAAGGACGGUGAAGCGAGCUGCACCACGGAUCUGGAGGCGGCUGCCACUGCCAAAACUCUGGAGGGCAUCGAGGUGGUGGAGGUCCAGAUCUCCCACCUUAACAACCUGUUCCGAUGCGAGAAGUGUGACCGCUCCUUCAAGCUCUUCUACCAUUUCAAGCAGCACAUGAAGGUGCACUCGGACAAGGCCUUUGUUUGCCCUAACUGCAACAAGACGUACACGCGGGAGAGUGCCUUGAAGCACCACUUGGCUUGCCACCACUUUGAGGUGGAGGAAUCGCGCCGCCAGCGGCCUCAGAAGAAAGUGCACGUGUGCGGAUACUGCGAGAAGCAGUUUGACCACUUUGGCCAUUUCAAAGAACACCUCCGGAAGCACACAGGUGAGAAGCCUUUUGAGUGUCCGGACUGCCAUGAGCGCUUUGCAAGGAACAGCACUCUGAAAUGCCACAUUGCAGCUUGCCAAAAUGGUGUUGGUGCGAAAAAGGGAAGAAAGAAGCUUUAUGAAUGCCAGGUGUGCAGCAUGGUGUUCAACAGCUGGGACCAGUUUAAGGACCAUCUGGUGGUCCAUACAGGAGAUAAACCCAAUCAUUGCACUAUAUGUGACAUUUGGUUCACCCAAGCUGGAGACAUGCGUAAACAUCUCCGGGAAUUCCACGCCAUUCAUGAAAGAGUGGUGACUGAGGUGGUGGUCCCGGAGCAGGAAGAUGUGGAGGAUGUGCAUGUGGAGCAUGUGAUGGUGGAGCAGGUGCAGAUUGAAUCACCGGAGGUGCUGGAGACCAUCCAAGUGCAGGUAGAGUCAGUGGAAGGAGAGCAGGGAAAGGAGGAACAUGUUCACAUGGACCAAGUCCAGGUGGAGGAAGAGAAAACAGCUGAGAUCCAGGUGCAUCAGCCACAGGAUGAGCAACAAUCCUCCGAAACACUGAUAAAAGAACACAUAGAAAUCCAGGUGGAGCACGUCCAAAGCAGUGCAUUACAGCACUACCUGGAAACAACUGUACAGGAUAGUGAGGUCCCAGUGGAACAGGUUGAAAUCCAGGUGGAGGAAGCAGAGGUUGGCGAAGUGCAAGUAGAAGAUGUGUAAACUGAGGACUUAAGAACUGCAUAAUUGCCUGACUAUUUAUCCUGUGUGGUGCUCGCCAGGCUUUGCUGGUCCAACCAAUACAAACGGCCAACAUUUGAACUCCACUGGCUUUCAAUAUAAUAGUUUAAACAGGAAAACAAAAAACUUGAAAGAAAUGCUGGUAAAUGUACAGGAAUUCUAGGAUCAGUAAUAAAUCUGACACAACAGUGUUUACUUUUUACUUCAUUUACGAUGAAUUUGUUGCUAUCAUAUAUAUGACAUUGGAUGAAAAAUAAGCUUUGAAGCAUAGGUUUUUGUUUUUUAAUUGCUUAACACUUACUUCCUUACAUGGGGAAAUUGAGUUUAUUAAAUGUAUGUUUGUGGCUAAAAUGCAGUGUACUGGUCGUGCUUGCCUGUUACAAGGUGGAAAGGGCAUUUGCUACUUCAUUACAUGAACCCCACUAUUUAGCAAGGAUAUAAAUAUAACUCUUCAAUCUGUGCUUAAAUAUUCUUGGAACAGGGUGGUUAAAGUCACAUGACCCAUUCACAGGGUACUGUUGUUUUACUAUAUAAAACACAUUCUUAAGUUUCCUCCUGGAUUUUCAUAUGUCCCUUUUUAAUAUAAAAAAUCUAUUUAUGUAUGUUGUUGUGUUUUUUUUUUUCCAGUGGAUAGUACCACCAGGUUUUCAGUUUAUUUGUCUUCUAAUGUGUCAUUGAAAAGCUUGGCCAGCAAAUCCCCAUUCAACAGUUUGUCAAAGGAUUCCAUUAAGCCCUGUAAAAGGAAAAGAGAAAAAAUCAAUACUAUGGUGUGGAUCAGAUCUCUUACCUUAUGCUUUCCUUUGGCUCAAAAUACAGACUGGGCCUUUUGAUUAUGUCAUUAGAUGAUGUUCCAUAUAAAGUGAUAAGUUGAGCAGGAUGUAAAAAAUAUUUUAAAGUAUAUAAUUCAGUUUAGGGAUGCCAUCGUGGUAUUUUUGCAUACUGCAGUAUAGUAGAACUAUUUAAAACAAAACAAAAAAAAUAAAUAAAAAGUAGAAAAUGUCAUUAUAUUAAGAAAAAAAAAAGUUGUAAAUGUGAUAUAGCUGU